ACGAAGAAGGAGGGGACAUUACACCAACAGGCUUCAAUUGCACCGGUGCCAUUAAGUCCCACUGUAAACUUUAUGCCUACUGCUGGAGGUCUGACAGGACAGAUUCAGCUGUAAAACAAAACGCAGAUUACAUAACGCAGACUGCUGUUUGCGCGGUAGUCCUCGUUACGCGCCUCAAAACAUCAGGAGUCUGCUUUGCAACGCUGUUAGCCGCACGCUAGUUUAAAAUGGACAAUAUGAGCUAGUAAACAAAAUGACAAAUGACUCAUAAGUCCGACACUAGUCCCGUUUAAUAAGAUACAAAGGGAGGAGUGGCAGACUCGUCCAAAACAAUGACAGCUGCGCCAACUUGGUGUCGUUCCUUGUUGACACGACUGCUGCGGAAUCGAAAGUCCACAUAGCUUCACACGAGUAGUGCACAUCAGAAACUACACUGCACUGUAAUUUUUAUUACUCGCCUCUGUGUGUGAUCCUGUUAUUAACCAUUUAGGCAGAGCGACGAUGGGAAACGCACAGAGCUGCUUUAUUGCAUCGCUCUCCGUAUGUUCCGCGUAUUUAGUUUAUACGCACAUCUACCGAUCCCACGUUCUGCUGCGAACAAAUGUGAUCGAUAGCGAGAGGCUUCCCAGCUUCGGGUAUCUCUUCUUCAGAUAUCUGAUCAGAGCUUUAGUUAGGAGACCAGGCCACUUGUACGCAAGGCAGACGGAGGAGUGUGAAGUUAGCUACACGGUCCGCAACUGCAGGCUGGACACGAGGCUGCUGAGGAGGUUCUGCAGUACUGCAGGUUAUGGCUGGGACUUUCCAGAUAGCGAGUACAGAGACAUCCCACUGUGCUUCCCAGAGCUUCUCUGUCACAGGCUGCUGCUCAUCGUCCUGUCUGCUGGCAGCUUCAGGUUGAGCCCAGCAGGUCUCGUUCGCUUGCAGCAGAGUGUGAGAAAACUGCAGCCGGUGGAUGAGCUGAGGAGGGGUGUGUUCACGCUGCAGGCCCGAGUGCUGCAGUACCGGCCGGUUGAUGCAGGGGUAGAGGUGGACAUCCAGCUCUCUGCCACCUCCUGCUCCAACUGCCUAGUGUGGGAGAGCGUCCUGACACUGCUGUCCAAGAACAGGUUCCACAAGGCAACCAGACCUGUGCCUGAGAAUGAAAAGGGCCAGCCGGCUCGGCCUGUUUCAGAGGAUGUGAAGACGGUAGAGAUCAGAGUUCCCUGGACCGCUGGCUUGCGGUGUGUGUGGUCCUUCUCUGACUACUCCCCACAUCGACUCCUGUCUCUGCCAGCCAGGCUCUUUGGCUGCAGAUCGCAGGGCUCUCUGAGUCUCUGGGCGCUGUCUGUCUGCCUGGCUGAGAUAGAAAAGCACAAAGGGGCUCAGGCUGUCCGGGCUCCCGUCAGUGUCACUGCCCACUUUAAGGAGCCUCUGUCAGUGCCAGGCAGGGAGAGGAUCACAUUUUGGGAGACCACAGAGGGAGAGGGCCCGUCUUCAGCCCAGGGCCUCAACUUCCACAUGGAGCAACACAGCACCAGAGCAGCUCACAUGGUGGGAGUCAUCUGCAGGGCUUGAAUAAUGCAUGAGUUUGCUCUUCAUAGUUCUGUGAGAGCGCAAUAAAAUGCUCAUAUUGUACAUUUUCUAUUGUGUUUCACUUUGAGAUUUUCUGUCACAGAAACAAGCUCACAUUAUAUAAUCAAAUGUGUCAAGCAAAGCACGCUCCCAUGCUUUUACAGGUUGAGGUAAAAAUACAUGAUCUUUUUUUUUUUUCUCAUAUUUGAGGUUUCCCCCAAGUCUUCAAAAGCUUUUUGGGAUUAUUUUAGCAGCAGGGUUUUGUGCUGUGGAUCCCAUAGAUCCAUAUGAGCACUUUGUCAGAUGCCACGUCGACCAGGUUCCUAAUGCAGACGCCGUCCCUACAGGGAACAGGGCCUUUUGAAUAUUUGAUCCCUCUGAUAUUCCUGUUCGCCGCUUUCAUGUAUGUGAAAUUCUGUCCUCGUGUAUUAUUUAUGGUAACACAUUUAGGGCAUGGCACUAAGAGAAGCAGUUGUUCAUGCUUCCCUGCGCCAGCACGACAUCUCAGAGAGGAAUCAGAGAGGUGGUUUCUAGCAUGUUCCCACAGGUAACGAGCAGAAGAGCAGGAAUCUCUGGUGAUCUCAGACACGUGGAGAGGAAACCACAGACAAGCCUCUGUCUUAUGGUUAAGAUUUACAGAAGAUGACUAAAGCUCAGAAGGAAUAAUGUCAUGAAUUAAAGAUAUAUCAUUUCUUAGAGCUACAUAAUUGUACAGCUUUUGCACCAGCUACAUUCAUAUGUUUAAAAUCUCUUUUGGCAUAUAAAGCAUUGAUUUUCACAGGUUUCCUUUCUUAUUAUUUUCUGAAGUCUGUCAUUCAGUAUGUUUAAAAUGAAGGAGAUCUAAUCUGUACAAGUGUUUUUUUUUUUUUGUUUUUGUUUUUUUUUGUCAACAAACAACUUGAGGUACCUUCUGCUGUCUUACAAUUCGCCGUUAAUCUUGUAAGUGCAGGUGUCACCUUUUUUUUUCAAAACACUUGACAUCUUAUUUUUGAGCGAACAAAUUGUUGCCGCUGCUGUGUAAUGAUGAUAAAGAAAAGAUCGAUAAAUGAUUGAGCUGCUACAGGAAUGAAUGUGUGUAAUUGUACAAACGUGACACGGGCUUGAACUGAAAAGGCAAAACCAAAAAUAAAAGUUGGAGAGAAAACAAAUCAGAAUUGGUGGUG